GUUUCUAUUUUCCGUUGCCCAUUACUUGUCGUUAUUAAAAAAACCCAAAUCUCACGCGCACACACUACCGAAACACACGCACUGAAACAACGAGGAGAACCGCCGCGGCCGAGACGAACAUGGCGGAUUUGGAGAUGAGUAGAGCCCGCUAUCCAUGGCGAGUGUUGGCAUUUGAUGCGAACGGCGUCAUACAAGUUUUGGAGCAUUCUGGUGGAGCCUUCGAAGAGCACGUGGUUCAGACUUGGGACAAAUCGGAUUCCCGAAGCCUAGGUGUGGUUGCCGCCUCUCUGAAUGACCGGUCACUAGCUGUGGGUAGAAGAAAUGGCACGGUUGAGGUUCGUGAUCGUCUCAGUGGGGAGAUCGGUCCAACCAUCCCUCCUCUCACUAAUGAGAGUGAUCCUUUUGUGGGGCUGCAUCUAUUUACAAAGCAGCAGCCAGGAUCAUUUGGGUCAUUGCUUAGUUGUACAGUUCAAGGAAAUGCAAGGAUAAUAUCUUUUGAAGUGGACAACUCUUCUAGGACUUUGCUACAAUGGAAAGUGAGAGAGAAUAUCUUGUGUUGCAAGGUUGACGGGAGUGAACGUGUUUGUCUGUUCGGAGGGAAGAAUGAAAUGAAUAUAUGGGAUCUUGAAUAUAAUGUCAAGUCUUGGCCAACAAAAGAGCAUCCAAUUCAGAAUGGAAAACUUUGGUGGACAUCUGCCACCUUUCUCACAAGAGAUAAUCCUCAUACAUUUGUGGUGGGCACCAACAACAAUCAGGUUCAUAUCUACGAUGCUCGCAAGAAGGUUGAUGAGUUAAGUCCGUGCAAGAUAUAUGACAUAGAAAGCAGCUGUAUAAAAAGGCUACCUAACCGUGACACUGCAAUACAAGCUAUUGCAGAAGGUGAAGAUGGCUAUACAGUUUAUGCAGGCAAUGAUUGUGGUAAUCUUGUUUCUUUGGAUACACGCACAGGGAGAGUUUUGGGUUGCUUUCGGGGAAUAGACACACUUUCUAUAAAAUCCUUGGCUAAGCACCACGAGCUUCCUGUGAUUGCGUCUUGUGGAGAUGACAGCUGUCUCAGCAUUUGGGAUACAAAGAGGCAAAAACUGCAAUGUCGGAUCCUUGUGCGUCCGACUAUUCGUGUCACAAAUGUUAUUGUUGAUCCCAACUUUUUUGAAAAGGAUGGAGGCAAAAAGGGGAAAAGUCACAAAAGGUUCAGAAGUGAUGCAUCUUGAAGAUGAUAUGAGAGUGAAAGACUAGCUGGGGAAAGGAGCAUACCAAAAGAAAACCGUAAAAACAAGGAGGCUUUGAAGAAAUUGGAGGCAAGGUUCAAUACAGUGACAAAAAACGUAGUUUUAUUGGGAGUUAUCGCAGUUCUAUGUUCACCAAUCUGAGGGAAAGUAAUGCAUCAAGCCAGAAAUUGAUCUGUUUUGAUAGGGGUAGCUUAUCUAUGGGUUUAAUAAACUGAGAGAUUUUAUGAUUUGACUGUGUUUUACUGCUCCUAAAAGCUUCUCAAAGUGACUGAUUCCAGAAAUCAAAGGCAACAAUGAUGUGUGUACAAGAUCCAGAUUAAACCAUUACGUUUUCUUGAUUCUGUGCAUUCCAACUUUGUCCAGAAUCCUAGCCAGGAAUGAUGAAUCAUAACAAUUUUUUUUCAUGAUUUGCUUGUUCUAUGAGAAUGAAAUGUUCCUAGCUUCCUUUUUAGCAA